AUGCUCAAGGACAUGGAUCACGAACAAAUGGGAGGCACACAGGUAUGGGAAGACAACCAAGGGGCAAUCGCUUUGGCUAGCCACGCCGGAUACCAUGCGCAGACUAAAAAUGUGGACAGUAGGCACCACUUUAUUCGGGAGAACGUGCAACAAGAAUUUUUGAAGAUCGACUACAUCAACACGGAAAAAUCAUCUUGCGAAUAUGCUGUCAAAGGCACAGAGGACCAAAACGCUCUAUUUCUGCACGAGACAACUGGUAUCAAGACCAAGCCGACACAUAACAAACACAGCAUUAGCGGCAAGUGGGAGUGUUAA